AUGAUCCUAAGAUUCAUUUCUGGAUUUCUAGGAAGCCCUGUUCUUGCGACUGGAGGAGCCACCAUGGCAGACCUGUGGAACCUAGACGGUGGCUUGAUGAACGGCAUUGCAUUCUGGUCGUACGCUGCGUGUGCUGGACCAGGCAUGGGCCCAUUGCUCUCGGGCUUCGCGGUGCAAGAGAAAGGCUGGCGCUGGAUCAUCUGGCCACUAUUAUGCGGGACAGGGCUUACCUGGCUUAUUAUCUUUUUCUUUUUGCCUGAGACCUAUGGUGAUGCCAUUCUGGCGCGUCGAGCCAUUGAGUUACGGCGCAUGUCGGGGAAUAAGCAUAUUCGCUCUCAUGGAGAAGAGAAAGAUGCUCAGGUUUCGCUGAGUCAACUUGCGAUCAUCACCUUGUACCGCCCUCUUCGAAUGACCUUUACGGAGCCUGUGCUAUUCUUUAGCGACUUGUACAUCGCGUAUGUCUACGGAAUUAUCUACUGCUUCUUCGAAGCAUUUCCAUUGACAUUCCAAGGUCGCCAUCACUUUUCGCUAGGAGAGUCAAGCAGUGCUUAUAUCACUGGUUGGGUUGUGUGUGCUGUUGCUCUAGUGCUGUACUGCUGGUACAAUUUGAAGCUUGUAUUGCCUUGGUUCCGUUCAGGAAAGUGGAAGCCGGAAUAUAGAAUGCAAGCAUGCUUUGUCGGCGGGAUUUUGCUACCUAUUACUUUGUUUUGGUUUGGAUGGACUUCUUUCGAAAGCGUGCCUCCUUACUCCGCAUUGGCUGCAUAUGGUGUUUUCCAGUGUGCCGUGUUUUUGUUGUUUCAAGGAUUCUUAGGUUAUCUUGGAGAGGUGUACCCUUUCUAUACUGCGUCCGCUUUUGCAAGCAAUGGUCUGUUCCGUGCAUUGGCUGGCGGCGCAUUCCCGUUGUUUUCAACACAAAUGUUUAACCGACUAACGAUUCAAGGCGGUUGCAGUCUUCUUGCAGGAUUGGCCAUUCUUUUGAUACCUGUGACACUUACGUUUUACCUCUACGGUCACAGGCUGCGCGAAAAAUCGAAAAUGGCUGGUAUGGUGGGCGCCAAGAAAGAGCCAGAUGAGAGCAUAAGUGUCUGA